GCCCGCGGCACGGAGCAGCCCGGCCGCUUCCUAUGGGAUGCGUCUGCAUAAAGGAAGAAUCCUUCUAAGAUGGGGAACAAGCAGACGAUAUUCACCGAUGAGCAGCUGGACGCCUACCAGGAUUGCACAUUCUUCACUCGGAAAGAAAUCCUUCGGUUGCAUGGCCGGUAUCACGAAAUGGCACCGAACGUUGUACCCAUGGACUAUACAAAAGACCCAGAUGUUAAACUACCUAUGCAGCUUAUAAUAAACAUGCCUGAGCUUAAGGAGAAUCCCUUUAAGGAAAGGAUUGUGGAAUCUUUCUCGGAAGAUGGAGAGGGGAGCCUCAGCUUCAAUGAUUUUGUGGACAUGUUCUCUGUGCUCAGUGAAAUGGCUCCCAGAGAGCUCAAAGCUAUCUAUGCCUUUAAGAUCUAUGAUUUUAACACAGACAACUUCAUUUGUAAAGCAGACCUGGAAAAAACCCUCAAUAAGCUGACCCGAGAAGAACUAACAGCAGAAGAAAUCACUCUGGUUUGUGAGAAAGUGAUAGAAGAAGCUGACAUGGAUGGUGAUGGCAAAUUGGGAUUUGCAGAUUUUGAAAACAUGAUUUCCAAAGCACCGGACUUUCUCAGUACUUUCCAUAUAAGAAUCUGAAGAGCUGCGUGUGAGCCGGUGUUGUCAGAAUGAUUUGUCAGUCCAGCCUAUCCGAAUCUCAGGCGUUUUGGGGGCUUCUGUCCUCUCCUUGUGGCUUCUUAGGACUCAAAAAAUACUGGAAGGAUUCUGGUCUGCAGAGAGGGAGAAGCAUCAUUUUAUACAGGAUAUUUGGAACAGUCGCGUUUUUACCUUCACUGCUGGCCAAGCACUCUGGCACAGAUGGCUGAUUGCUGGGUUGUGCUUACUCUUUUUCUUUUUUUUUUUUUUUUUUUUGCAGACAGAAUGAGAAUGUUACUAAAGGUAUUUCCACAGAGUUUUUAUAUUUAUGGAUAUUUAACAUUGCUCCCACAAGCAAAAAAAAAAAAAAAAAAGGAAAAAAACAAAAAGCUUGGGUGACUUCUCCAAGAAAAAAAACAAGCAUGGGCCUUAAAUAAUGAGAUGCCUCUAUCACUGUGUUGUACAGCUGGGGAUCUUGCGUGGAAAUGAUCUUACAUGAAGGAACAGCAGUCAAGAUCCAGUUCCCAGUGUUGAAGUCAACCACAUCCCAGGUUUGCCCUUCAGGCACUGAAAUGGCAGUUGCUGGGUUUGGUGCUUUCCUUCAACUGAUGUUUUAUGGAUGGUCACGUCCUCAUGAAACUUGAAGUAUUUGCAUUUUGUAUCUGAUUGCUGCGUAUGUGAUUCAUUUCUUCCCAAGAGAAACUUUGAAACUGUGUCCUUAUUCUCAAAGGGAGCCUCGUCUUUUACUCGUACUGCGGUCUGGUAAUGUUUAAUAGAGGAAUACAACCAUCUGUAAUCCACAAAGAAGUUAAAGAAGCACAGCACUAUUUCUGAGGACAUAAAAAGACAUUUUCUAUCUAAACCAGCUAUGCAAUCUUCCCUAUAAAGUGCAUGAAUGCAACUCAAUAUUUCCCUUCCCUCUCCAGCUGGAAAUCAGCUAGAUUUCUUCUUUUUAAUUCCAGUGCUGUUCAGGUACUGGUGCCUGAAGACAAUCACAUGUGUAUCACUGUUCUAACAGUCAAUAGAAGGGCUCUGUCACUUACAUGGCUUCUGUAUCAAAGUCAUAACUAUUAAAACUUUUGACGCA